GCGACAACGAGGGCACGGACCAAGACUGAAGAAGACUGGAGCUCUCCAACAUUAAUUGCCCAUUGAUUGAUGGAACGUUGAACAUUGAAGCUUGCAGACAAUCGCGACUUUUCUCUUCAUACAAUACCCGUCCACCCGCGAUCUACCUAAUUCCCCCAACCUCAACUCCAACAUCUCGAAGAGCAUUUCGAUAACCAAAAAUAAUAUUAAUCAACUUCAACUGCUCACACACCCACACAACACGCCAAACCUCUUUCAAGAUGGGCGCACUAACGUAUGGCGCUGGAGGUCUUACCUCCUUCUUAACUGUUGUUGGACUUUAUAUGCUCUUCACUGGUGAUGGUGAAUCUUUCAAUGUUGGAGCUUUCCUCGAGUCAGUAUCGCCAUACGCGUGGGCGAGCCUUGGAAUUGCACUUUGCAUCAGUCUUUCCGUUGUUGGCGCUGCAUGGGGUAUCUUCAUCACGGGCUCCUCCAUCCUCGGUGGUGGCGUCAAAGCACCACGAAUCCGAACCAAGAACCUCAUCUCCAUCAUCUUCUGCGAAGUCGUCGCCAUCUAUGGCGUCAUCAUGGCCAUCGUCUUUUCCUCCAAGGUCAACUACGUUGGCGAUGACGAACUGUACGAUGCAAACAGCUACUAUACUGGCUUCGCCUUAUUCUGGUCCGGCAUAACCGUCGGUGCCUGCAACCUGAUCUGUGGUGUGGCUGUUGGUAUCAAUGGCAGUGGAGCUGCCCUUGCCGAUGCCGCUGAUCCUACUCUCUUCGUCAAGAUCCUCGUCAUCGAGAUCUUCAGCUCUGUCCUCGGUCUCUUCGGCUUGAUCAUCGGUCUCCUCGUCUCGAGUAAGGCGGACGACUUCGGCGUACUAUAAAUCUACAAUCUACGAUCCCAAUUUUGUAUCAAUGGAAUACAGUGUAAGAAGUGAUGCAUGCAUUCACAGUCCGGCCAAGGAUUGUCGGCGUUCGGAAAGACGGGCUUCAAAUCGGGAGGAGGGAAUAUAGCUCACGAGGUUUCGUCCAUGUGCAAGCUAUUGUGUGUGUGUACUAAUACGACAAAGAAGCGGGUGUGAUCACAGUUUCAUCAAGGGAGACUGCUGGGAAAUAAAAAGAGACAACCAUCCAAAAAAAGAGAACCCCAACCGAUUCUUCCGCGUAGGCCGAAACGCAGAGUUGUUCAUGUCGACAGCUACUGUUUGCCAAGUCUUAUGAUGACCAAGACAUCCCAAGGGGCCGAUCUAGCUAGCGAAUAUAAAAAUACCAAGGCACAGUUAUACUUUUUAUGAGUUAUCGUGCUGUUUUCAUCACAUGACUGAUAGGUAAUCUAUAUGAUAUCGAUUUUAUAUAUGUAUGAGAUCUAGCUAGGCAGGGCGGGAACCCCCUACUCGCGAGAAUCAUUCUAAACUUCAUCCCAAUGAUAAAAGUUGAGACAAGGCUUUACAAGAUUAAGAAUACUUCUUCAAAUUGGAAUAGCUCUCCCAAUUUCGAUCAUGGGGAUU